AUGUCUGCUCUUCAACAACUAUUGGGCGAGUCCGUCAUGGGCAAGGGAGAAGAGCCCGUCCCGGUGGAAUCCUUCGCUGGGAAAGGGAAAGUGGUCGGGCUUUACUUCUCUGCCCACUGGUGCGGACCGUGCCGAAUAUUUACCCCGACUUUGGUCAAGUUUUACGAGAAUUUGAAGCUACAGGAGGACAAGCGGCUUGAAAUAGUGUUCCUGAGUUCGGAUAAAGAUGGGCCAGCUUUUGACGACUAUUGGAGUGAGAUGCCAUGGUUGGCCAUUCCUCACGGGGACAGUAGAAAGGAAAAGCUAUCGCAGAAGUACAAAGUGAGAGGCAUUCCAACGCUGGUGUUUUUAGAUGGCGAGUCCGGGGAGGUGAUUACUAAGCAGGGGAGAUCGAUCGUCAAGAGCGAUCCGGAGGGUGAUGACUAUCCGUGGGCCACGCUGAACUUCACGGAGGUCAUGUGUGGGACGAAACUUGUCAACAGCAAAAAGGAGGAGUUCGACGCUACCGAGGCCCUAGACGGAAAGGUUAAAGGCCUGUAUUUUUCGGCCCAUUGGUGUCCGCCAUGUCGAACGUUCACCCCACACCUCGUGGAAACGUACAACAAACUCCGAGAUGAUGGUAAGAAGUUUGAGAUUGUGUUCAUAUCAUCCGACAAAGAUGUGGACUCAUUUCAAGAUCAUUUGGAAACCAUGCCUUGGCUCGCUUUGCCCUUGGAGAGCCAGACAAAGAAGAAACUAGAGUUGUUAUUUGAAAUUGAUGGAAUCCCUAUGCUGAUUCUCUUAGACGAAAAUGACCAACUGUUAACGCAGAAUGCGCGGAGGGCAGUGGAAGAAGACCCAGAUGGAAAGGAAUUUCCUUGGUUACCUAAACCUUUGAGCAAAUUAGGAGGCGACACAUUCGAGGCAUUGAAUGAUGACCUCUGCGUGUUACUAAUCGGACAAGAAGAAGAUAUUGAGACGGAGGAUGAGCUGAGAGAGGCAAUGCAAGGUACGGCCGAGAGAUACUUCAAUAAGGAGGGGGCACCAUCGUUCUUCUACGGAUCUGCCGAUGACGCCGAAGAUGUCUUGCACUCUCUUUUUGAUUUCAUCGGAAUAAAGGAGCCCCGGUACCCAAUGCUCCUGUGCCUCAACCUCCCGGAGCAGUGGAAGAAUGUCCAGCAGGAAAUAAGCCUCUCCAAGGAGGUGAUCGAGGCAACGCUCUCAAAGUACGAUGAGGGAAAAUUGGAAAAGCAACCGCUUCGAGAAUGA